ACACACGCACACACACACACACCUCUCUGUGUCUUUUUAAAUUCACCUGAAGACAAAGCGAAUCCUAUCUGGCUGGGAUAAAACAAUCCAUGUGUCAGAAAAAGGGGAGAUUGAGGAAGAGGGGUUGUAAAAACAGCUUGCGCUGUUGAGCAGGAAUAACGCCGCGCUGCGAUUUCAUCUUCCCCAAACGUGAUCUUCCUUAACAACUGCGAGGACUCGAUGCCUGUUGCCAGGUUACCCGCCACCACUGUGAAAAUCCAGAUUCUGUGCGCGAGAGUAUGGAGGAGCUCCAUUGACUUGCGCCGAUCUCUAAAUAAUGAAUUGCUAAUGCAUUUGAAGAAGGGGAAGAAAAUGAAUAAGGAAGCCUGACUGAGAGGGACUGCGUUUCGUGAGCGUCGGUGAGCAAUAACGGCAUCGAGCGGGAGCCGCCAAGCCAUGCAGCUCCAUCCCACAAAACACUGCAAGGCAUCGGGCUUCAUUCUGAAUGAGAGAUGCGUCUUGUCUUCAAAAAUGGAAAUUUACCGUGAACAGAGUAUCUGUCAGGCGCGGGCUGCAGUCAUGGUGUAUGACGAUGCCAAUAAGAAAUGGGUUCCAGCCGGAGGCUCCACAGGCUUCAGCAGAGUGCACAUCUACCACCACACGGGGAACAACGCCUUCCGGGUGGUGGGCCGCAAAAUCCAGGACCAUCAGGUGGUAAUAAACUGUGCCAUUCCCAAGGGGCUGAAGUACAACCAGGCUACACAGACCUUCCACCAGUGGCGCGAUGCCAGGCAGGUGUACGGCCUCAACUUCGGCAGCAAGGAGGAUGCCAACGUAUUUGCCAGUGCCAUGAUGCAUGCUCUGGAGGUGCUCAACUCAUUGGACACAGGCCCUACGUUGCCAAGACAUGCCCAGCAGGUUCAGAAUGGCCCAUCACCUGAUGAGCUGGACAUACAGAGAAGGCAGCUGCAGGAGCUGCAGCGUCAGAAGGAGCUGGAGCGGGAGCGGGCGGAGCGCGAACGGGCGGAGCGGGAGCGGGCGGAGCGCGAGCAGCGGGAGAUGCUGGAGAGGGAGCGUCUGGAGCGCGAGCGGCAGGAGCGGGAGCGGGCGGAGCGGGAGCGGGCGGAGCGGGAGCAGGCCGAGCGCGAGCGCCUGGAGCGGGAGCGGCUGGAGCAGGAGCAGCUGGAGCGGGAGAAGCAGCAGGAGAGAGAGCGUGCCGAGAGAGAGCUGAUGGAGCGAGAGAGGGCGGAGCGGGAGAAGCAGGAGAGGGAGCACCAGGAGCAGCUGGACCGCGAGCAGAUGGACUGGGAGCGGGGGCGGCGCAUGUCCAACGCCGCAUUUGAAAGCACCCUCUACAACCCUCCACCUCCAGAGUACUCGAAGACUUCCUCCUCGCCAAUUUCUCCCUCCACUCCCAACUUCGUGCCUCCUGCCCCCUCCCCCUCCUCUGCCGCACCCCCUACCCCUCCCUUGCGUCACUCCGCUUCCCGCUUCGCCACGUCCCUGGGCUCCGCUUUCCACCCUGUCCUGCCCCACUACGCCACCGUACCCCGGCCUCUUAACAAGCACCCGCCCGCCCCGCCCACGCCCCCAGCCCCUGCCCCGGCACCACCUCCGGCCCCGCCCUCCAAGUCCGUCGUCUGGUCGGCGACCAACUUCAGCCCCCUCCCCCCGUCCCCACCAGUCAUGAUCAGCAGCCCCCCCGGGAAGGCCGCCGGGCCACGCCCCAUCAUCGCCAUCCCCGCCCCCAGCCCGCUCUCCCAGAAGCCCCCGUCCCCUUCGCCCGGCGCCCCCAACGGGCCCCCGGAGUCCCCCCAGCCCCACAUCCUGUCGCCAGCCCCGACCCCACCGCCGCCGCCCCCUCCGCCCCCUCCGCCGCUGCCCCCGCUGUCCCUGUCGUCCUCCUGCCAGGCGUCCCCGACGUCCCCCGCCACCCCCCUCGUGUCCUCCCCCUCAUCCCAGGCUGCUCUUCUGCCUCCUCCUUCCACAGCUCCCCCUGCCUUUGCUGAGCACUCUGUAAACUCUGUGCUGGGAGACGCCUGCUCCUCUGCCCCAGAGCCGGGAGCGUCUCACCCCGCCGACCCUCCCACCCAGCCGGAUACAGCGCAGGGGCCACCUGCUCCUCCUCCCCCACCCCCUCUCCCUCCCGGCUCCACUGUGACCCCCACUGCCGGGCCGCCACCCCCUCCUGGCCCCCCUCCCCCUCCCCCUCCCCCACUCCCUCCCUCGCUCACCCCGACGGGCCCACCUCCCCCACCUGGCCCUCCCCCUCCCCCUCCAGGUCAGGCCCCUCCUCCUACUCCACCUCCUCCCCCAGCUCCACCCCUCCCCUCUGGGCUGUUCGCUCCAUCUCCAAGUCCCGAGGAGAACCGGCCCCUCGCUGGAUUGGCCGCCGCCCUCGCUGGAGCCAAACUACGGAAAGUGCCAAGGAACGAUGACGCAUCGGGGGCCGCAGCUGCUGCUGGUGCCAAGGGCGACGCGUCCCGUGGAAACGGCCCACUCCCUGGCGGCGGGGGCCUUAUGGAGGAGAUGAGCGCCCUGCUGGCCAGGAGGAGAAGAAUUGCAGAAAAGGGAUCAUCCCCAGAACCAGAACAGAAAGACAAAACCGAUGAGGCAGAGCCCACAACUCCAAAGGUCUCUGCGUGUAACACGCCAGAUAUGCCCAGAAAGCCUUGGGAACGGGCAAACACUAUGAAUGGUAGCAAAUCGCCGGUCAUUGGGAGACGGGACACCCCCUGGAGAAAUCAGAUGGUUUCUGAUCCGUUAAACAGACCGAAGUCCACGCCCACACCGACUGGAUCCCUAAGUGCCAACGGGGUGCCAACAGAAGGUCUCGACUACGACAGAUUGAAACAGGACAUCCUAGAUGAAAUGAGGAAGGAACUCACCAAGCUGAAAGAAGAGCUGAUUGAUGCUAUCAGGGAGGAACUGGGCAAGUCAAACACCGCGUAGAAGGGUCUGACCUCCCUCUACAUUAACCCCUGACCUGACAACUCGAGGUUGACUUCAGUUACAACAAUAUUUAAAAAGAAACGAAAAAGGAAAAAAAAAGUUUAAGAGGUGGUGAUAAUAAUAAUACUAUUAAUAACGAAGACACAUUGUUGUGGUUUGAUGGAGAAGCGUCAGAAAAACACAAGUUGAGUGUGGGGAGUGGGAGACAUGUAGCAGCGGGCGUUUCUCCUCUUUUAGAAGCCUGGCAGCUGUGCUGUUCCUGAGGACCUUCCCAGAACACAGGAUACAGUCUUAAAGAGGAGUGACUGGAAUUAUGCAAAGAUGACUUUCUUUGUUCAUAACACAAGAAAACAAGGAAAAUAAUACAAAAAAAGAAGUAAUGAAAUAUAUACUGUAUUACUCAUCACAGUGUGAUAAAGCAAACAGACAACAUUCACACUUAACGAAUCUGGACGGUUCGCACAUACUUGUGAAUUCAUGGCAAAAGGCACGUUUAGAAGGUCUGUGUGGAUGAAGGGAGGCUGAGGGGGGAGGAAGUAUUGGGCUCAACUCAUUUGGGCCAUUAGAGGAGGGCUUUCUAUCUGGAUGAAGGACUAUUGGACUGGGUAAAGUCUACUGCUGCAGGACUCUGUAAAGCUUGUCUUCCUGAAAUACUCUUUUACCUGAAUAUGUACAUUUAAAAAAAAAAAGAAAAAAAGAUUAUCUGCAAGUCGUUUCUUCAUGUCUGUUCCAAUGUAUGGCCAUAUCAGGUAGCCUAAUGGAGUCAUGGGAUGGCCAGUCUCUUGGUCUUUUUUGGCUUAAUAUCCUGAAAACAUUUAUUCUUUGGUUUGGUCUUUUCUGGAGAGGAACACUCAGAAGCCUAACUCAGUUGAGCCUGUGUAGGGCAUUUCCUUUCACUGUUUGCGUGUUACACAUUGGUGGCACAGUCACAUUGGUAAAUGCCUUCCUACUGUACAUCAUUGUAGCUCUUUACCAAAAUCUCAGAGUCCUCCCUCAUUCAAAGCAUUGGUCAGUGCUGCAUAUUGCCAAGGCCGGAUCUGUAGAUAGAGCUCUUUGGAACUACUUUUUUCCAUGUUUUGUUUGAUUUGAAGCUCUCUUUUUUUAUUUCUGUCAAAUUUAGUGCAUGUCAAAUUUUGUAAGGUGAAGGUCUUAUGGCUGCCACGAAAUUAAUUAUCGUCUCUGUCUGUGUAUAAGCAAUAAGUGUAACAUCGCCUU